AUGCAAAACCACAACGAUGCACCCUUUCCUUUCAUGCAACUACCGCCAGAGCUCCGAGAUAUGGUGUACGAAAACCUACUGGAGGACCCCUACUACCCGCCGCCUCAACCGUGCCCCGAAACUCGUGGGCCUAGCUGGCUAUCCAGCAUGGCGCAAAUCGGGUCUUCUACAGAUGCCGAGACCACGGGUCACAAAAGCAACCUUUUGUUCUUGGCCAACAAACAAAUCUACGCCGAGUACAUGGAUCUCAUGUGCAAGAAGGCUACCUUCCACAUGACGGUUGCUCCGCACAACUACACGCCGCCCGACACACCUGCCGAAGAAGAGAAGGACAUCUGGCAAAUCUCGCCUGAAGUGCUCAAGAAGAUCAAGCGAUGCGACAUCAAGCUCAUCACAACAAGCACCAUGCUGGGCAUGUCAGACCCGCGUACUAUGAAAUCAGAAGAAUGGGCUCUUGCCCGUCAGAUGCGUCGCCAGCUUUCCGAAAUCGAAAAUAUCUCCGAGCUCAACUUGCACGUCAAAGCCAUCGGCGACCCUUUGUGGAGUCCUCUUUGGGUCUGGUACCAUGCAACAGAGGCGCUUAGGGAGAUGGGCUCCUCAUCAUCUCAUGAGAAUGAUUGCACAAAGCCGACAGUCGUUGAUGACAAGGUUAAAUCUGUCGCUUUGUCUAACUCAGCGCCCUCGGGACCUCAAUUCAGCCGCAUCACCCUCGCACUCGACAUGUGGUCUCCUGGCGAGAACUACCUCAUGCGCGACCCUGCCAAUAACAACCAAUGGGCUUGGUGGUGUCUCAGGGGCCACUGCGUGGGGCAAGUAGGCACAGAGCAUCCAGUCCGCCAAUUCUGCAGCUGGCUGUACGACUGCCCGACAUGCUCCCCCGAGGAGAUCGACGGCGAAUCAAAUCCUUCCCCGGGCACAGUUUGA